CCGAGGAAGGUAAAACGUAAAGGGAGUGUCCUUUAUAGGCCAAUAGCAAACGGAGUCGAGUCUAGAUUGGAUAUCUCGGUUUGCUGGUUUCCCCGCGUCUGGCCGUGUCCCUUGGCUCUAGACGCCUUCGCGGUGAACUUCCACCGAACCCCAUGUAACACUACCUAAUUAAGUAUCUCCACGCAAGCAGCCCCUCGACUAGAGGUGUAUAUUACGUAGAAACAAGGCAAAUCCGGUAGACUAUAGAGAUCUAAGAGAUACCAACUCAAAUCGACAAGUAAUAUCUACCCUUCGUUAUUAGUAUCGUCAUGUGGAAACCACACGCUCCGCCGCCUGCUCGCAUCACCAAAUCGCCCGACCCGGAGUCGAAGAAGACGGCACGUCGCAUCGCGCAGAUUGUUAAGCUGAAGCCAGAGUUUAUUGAAAAAUAUAAAGAAGUACACGCUGCUGUGUGGCCCGAGGUUCUAGAGCAAAUCAAAGCCUGCAACAUCGAGGACUACAGCAUAUUCCACGACCCCGGUACGGGGAUCCUCUUUGCGAGCUUCAAAUAUGUCGGGAACGAUUAUGCAGGUGAUAUGGCUCGUAUGCGAGAGAAUCCAAAAGUAAGAGAGUGGUGGGCCAUGACCGAUGGUUUCCAAGAGAGCUUUGUACCCGGCGCUCAUAGUAGCGAAUCUGGCCCUCCGUGGUGGAGGGAGGUCGAAGAAGUUUUCUACUUAGAAUAGAAACAAAAGCACACGUCCAACAGCUAAAUACUAAACAUCUUUCACGUUAUAAGUGCACAGAUAUAAUUGUACUUAUAUGGCACUUGCGUCUGCUGACCCUAUAUCCUAUGGUAUAUG